GACCGAAAGUUUUUGGUGGGGGAAGAUGUGUGCGUGAUUUUGUCUAGCCAGAGUGACAAGUCUUUACGGAUUACGAUCGACUUUCUCCCUUUUCUUCGUUUACAUUUAACACUUCUUUCGCUAUUUCUAAGGAAUACUUUGAAUUUAUGAAUGAUUUCAACUUACUUAGUUACCUAAGUUAUUUUGUUUUCCUAAAUGUUAAUCUUGGGAUUUUCAAUUCUUAAUUAUUAACCACGUGCACUUUAUUACUUGUAAACUGCUCAUUUCUAAUCGUUUGCAGUGGGAAAAAAACUUUGCAAACGAUUAAUGAAAUUGAUAAAAAAAUGUUAAAAGAAAUUAACAGAGAACUUGUUAUUGCAUUGGAUACUUUUUUCUCGAAUAUUGUGGUAUUUAUUUGUUUAAAUGGUGAGAAGAUAAUAAAAAUUAGAUAAAAUAAAAUUGUGGAAAUAUUUAAAAAAUACUCGAUUCGACAAGUAUUUUCAAGGAUUUAUAUAUUUAUGAACUGUAAGAAGAGAAUAAAUCGAAGCAGUUUGUUUUCAAAAGUACACACACUAUCCGAAUAAUAUUUUGUUGAAAUGAGUGAAAAUUAAAAGCCUUUCAUCUAAACAGGUGGCAAUGCUACCGAAGGAAUUAUUUCUGCUUGGACAAUUGCUCACUGCCAUAGGUUGCAUUCUUCAGAUGGUUUUCUGCAUGGAAGAUUCCUCGUUGGAAAAGACGAUACAGGUUGGUGAAAGUAUCAGUAUCCCUUGUCCAUUGUCUACACCAGGAGGUAGUGUUCAAUGGCUCCAAAAUGGAGCUCCUAUAGUUCUUGAUCUAGUUUCCUCCAAGAGACGUCACUGGAAUAUCUCACCUGAUGGCACUGCUGCGCUAACCAUAGCUGAUGCUCGCAGAUCUGAUGCAGGUCGUUGGGAUUGUAGGGAGUUAGGAGCUGAUGGAUCAGUUCGUAAAGUAGCCAAAGUUUUAGAUCUCGUAGUCGGGAGUCCUUUUUCUUCAGAUUCUCCAUCAGAUCCUUACCUGGAGUUAGAGGGACGGAGAUUAGUUCAUCAAGCGACAGUCACAGUCAGAGAACCGCAGAAGCUUUCAAUACAUUGCGUUGUUUCAGGUGCAAUUCCACCAGUUCGACACAUCCAGUGGUCCAUAGGUGAAGCCAAUCUGACGUCGUCAAGUGAAUUGUUUGUAGAGUUUUCAGCGGAAGACGAUGCUUACACAAGUCGAAGCGUUCUUGCUCUAAACGUCACAAGAAGAGUGCACAACAAAGAACUCAUAUGCCGAGUGCAUCACGUAUCGUGGCUGCAGGCAGCUGCGGUCAGCGCUUCACUUAAUGUUUUAUAUGACCCUUCAUUUUCUAUAUCUCGAGAACCGGGUUUCGGGUUUCCACUUAUGGAACGAAUGAAAGUGUCUUUGCGUUGCGAAGUGGAUGCCAACCCACCAAGUGAGCCAGUCUGGGUCAAAGAUGAUGGUCCACUUUCAGUCCAACAAGACAAGCUAGGGUAUCUUAACUUCACUUCUAUCGGACAUGAACAUGCCGGAUGGUACAGAUGCACCACGAAUCAUGAAUUUGGAACAUUUGCAUCUUUUGGCUAUUUCCUGAACGUCCGCACCUUGGACCUUCCGGUCUCAACAGCAUCAGGAUCAAACAUCCCAGCUGGUCUGGGUCAAUCUGUAAAUCUAAAAUGCAUUUCAGAUGGUCGACCGGAAGUGACAGCUGUAAACAAAUCUUUGAUGGCUAUAGCCGGAAGAUCUGCUCUGCUGGCAGGACAGCUUUGCUCUACUCAAAAGCCCCUGAGGGUGUUGUGGAUUGUACGACGUUUUGUUCUUCGUCCUGGUGAUAUACAACAUCCUUACAUAGCUUAUAAUCUCACAGAGACUGAGAUUCCGAACUGCUACAUGAGUGGCCUGGAGCUGCGCAGGGUUGAAGUUGAGGAUUCUGGUGAAGUAUUGUUGAUAGUAAAAAAUGUCAAUGGAAUUGCGGAUGCACACUUCCUGCUCAACAUCACUCAAGCUUCCUCUUUUUCUUCUUCUUCCUCUGCCUCUUCUUCACUAGAUUUUUCCAUGUAUUAUUUGGUGGCCUUUAUUAGUACUUUUUACCUUUCCUGGUUACAACACAGUCUGAUAUUAAAGUUCAGGUGACCCUCAUUCAAAGGAAGAAUAGUAAAUGGAUUCGCACUUGAUGACAUCAAAAAUGCUGUAAAAGCGCCAAAAAUAUUUCACUCUUUGUAAAUGAAUUGUAAAUAAAUAUUUUAUUAAUUAUUUGA